GAGGAAAAAAUAUUGUAAUCGAAAGACGCGGUUUCACAAACAACCAGCAAAAUAAUAUAAAUAGAUGAUAUGUCGCUUUUGUCAGCUCACUCAUUAGUCUUCGCUGAAAACGGAACCGCUGAGUAAAAAUGAAGUUCAAAAUAAUACUGUUUUGCCUAACGGCCAGCACUUUUGGGAGUAACAUAAGCCCAUGGGAAAGUCACGAUGGCGAUAAAGAUGCUGGGUGGUUUUUAGAGACUGAAAAGGAUACUAUUGACGUCAGAGAAGUUAAUGUUUGUAAUACUAACGACUGCAUAGCUCUCGCUAAGGACCUUUCGGGCGGAAUGAAUAAAUCCGCAAAUCCAUGUGAGGAUUUCUAUGAAUACACGUGCGGAUUAUUUGAAAAAACUCAUCCUCUUCCUGCUUAUACUCCUAUUUGGGGUAGACCUUACAUGUUUCAACAAAUGGUUUAUCAACGUUUGAAAACAAUUUUGGAAACAACUCCUGAGCCGGACGAUAUUUUGCCAGUGAGACAGGCCAAGAAAUGGUAUCGCGCUUGCAUGGAUUCAGAGACACUUGAAAAACGAGGCUUAGAUCCGAUAGAAUCUGUUUUGAUGCAAGUUGGAGGCUGGCCGAUGACUAUUGACGCCGAAGAAUGGGACGAAAGUGAGCAUCCGUGGCAGCGAAUCGAGCAACACUAUUUCCAAAUUACUGGCUCUUAUGUAUUUUACAAAUUUAUGCCUGAUUGGUCAAACACUACCGUGGUUAAAGUUGAGCCAGGCGAUCUUCCACUCCGCAAUAAACUUCCGUUUGAAUUCAAAAAUUAUGAAGGAGAAGAAUAUGAAAAUUACAAGGAAUUCAUUUCAGCCGUAGCUCUACUUUUUGUUACAUACAACAGCGCAAAUAUUGCUCUUGAGGAUAUUUACAAAGAUGCCAGCGAUUUAAUUGAGUUUGAAAAACAAUUAAGUUUGAUUUCAGACAGCGAAAGUGAGGAUGCCGAGAUUGUCAAGACUUUGGAUGAGUUUCAAGAGUGGUACGACAAAAAUACAGUCGAUCAAGGCAACAAAGUUACGGUGAAAAAAUUAGUCAGAGGAUUAUUGGAAACAGUAAAUCAUGACCCAGAAAAUGUCAAGUACUUAUCAGUAGCCAGUAUGGAGUAUUUUGUUAAAUUGCUCGAACUGAUGAACAAAACUCCCAAGCGAACUAUAAUAAAUUAUAUCCACUGGGAUUUUAUUUGUGAGAUGCUUGCGACAACGACCGAAGAUAUGCGCGAUGUAUUUUUUGUGUUAAUGAACAAACAAUUUGGAGUCUCGAAAAGAGAGCCACGCUCAGUCGAGUGUGCAAAAGAAAUAAAAAUGCUCGAAGCAAAUGGAUACGCAUUCGCUGAAAAAUAUUUUUCCACAGACGUCGAUACUAAUGUUAGAAAUUUGGUUGACAACGUAGGCGAGGAAAUGAAAAUACAGAUACAAAGAUCAGAUUGGCUGGACGAUAAUACUAAGAAGAUAGUUACCGACAAAAUUGACAAUAUGGGAAUAUUUGUAGGCACUCCUGAAGAGUAUAAAAACAGAACAUACGUUCUAAAUUCAUAUAAAGGGCUUGUCAUCAGCAACAAUCACUUUGAUAAUGUACUCAGUUAUAAAAAAUAUGAGAUGAGAGAAAAAUUACGCGAGGCAUUGGACGGCCAAGCACCCGCAGAAGAUGACUCGGAUAUGGACAUACUUGAAGUUAAUGCUUACUAUGAUCCUUACUCCAAUGCUAUAGUUAUACCUGUGUCCGUUUUGCAGCCCCCAUUUUUCACUUUAAGUCUUCCCAAUAACAUUAACUAUGGAAUGAUUGGAGCAGUGAUCGGGCACGAAUUAGGACACGCCUAUGACGUUAACGGGUUGAAAAUAGGUCUACAACAACAAAAGCUCGAACUUCCUAAAGAGAUUUUGGACAUGUAUGAUCAACGCGCGGGAUGUUUCAUCGAUCAAUUUAAAGAAUACUUUAGGGAGCCGAGUUCUGAUGACGGAACUGAUUCCGAAGAUACAGGAAGAAAACUAAGUCGAAAGACUCAAGGAGAAAAUAUGGCGGAUACGACAGGGCUGAACGCAGUUUUCGAUGCCUGGAAGAGAAUGAUAACAGCGAAAGGUUCUGAUACUAAACUACCUGGUUUUGAAAAGUAUUCCGACGAGCAAAUGUUCUUCAUAGGAUUUGGAUCUAUGUGGUGCACAGUAUCUACACCAGAGUAUGCGGCAGCACUAAAGGCACAAGAUGAACACAGCCCCACGAAUUUAAGAGUACUUGGCGCAAUUUCAAAUAGCGAGGAAUUUGCUCGUGCUUUCAGUUGCCCGAAAGGCACCCGGAUGAACCCGGAAAAGAAAUGUAAUAUUUGGUAAACUAUUAAAACACAUAUUGAGCCCAAAAAAGCCAAUCGAGGACGCAGGCACAAGAAUCAUCAUCCCUGGGUUUUAAUUGGUCAAAAUAUUAUAAUCAAUUGAAAUAUUCCAUUCAUAAAUACAAUAUAUGUUGAAAUAUGAUUUUUAAAUAUACAUACAUUGUAUAUAUACAUAUAUGACUAUGACUCCGUCACUAAUAUUAUUGUAAUUCAUAAUUUCGGGUAAGCUCGUUAACCAUCGAUCAUCAUUGAUGGCCGAAAUUUAUUUCCUCCUUGUUGUAUACAUUUUCGGCCAUGUUCGAGCGACGAGUACACUCGUACAACAGAGAGAUACUCGGUAACUAUCAUGCGACUAUCAUUAUUUUGUAUUGUUAUAUAUCAAAUAAAACUAUUUACUGUUUUGUGAAUAUAA